CUGCGUUGGCGGUGGGUUUCCUGCCGGAGGGGUCCUCUUCUCCCCUCCUCGACUCCCGCUUUGGACUUGGUGGCCGAUGACGUUCUUUCUCGUGGAAGGCGAAGCCCGGGUUACUGCCACAGCCACGAAGCCCCGAGCAUUUAGCACUUUGGGGAAGAUGCUGCUCGCCUUUUGGGAACUUGUGUUGGAGCAGCCGGGGGUUAGAAUAUUUGCAGGGGUGAAGCGGCCUGAGGUGAUAUGAGUCUUUUGACAUAAUGAGGUCGUGCAGGGGCUUUUACCUGCACGUUUAAUGCAUUUCAAGUAUGGACUGUUUGCGCCCCGCCCUCCUAACUCAGGGUGUGAAUCGAGGCCAGUGGGGGAGCAGAAAAAGCAGAGCCCCUCCAGGCUACAGAAGAAGCCCGACUUUUGAGGGCACUGUCUGCAGGAGCCGUGUCAGUUCCAAAAGCUCCAGUCCUUCUCUGAGAGGGAGACCAGGUGAUGGCAGCCAUGCUUCUGACAGCCUGGCCCCAGGUGAGCUGUGGGUCCUUCAGCUCUUCCUCUGAGCAGUUUCACAUUGAAGAAAACUGAGAAGGGAAUCUGGGCAUGAGCCAUGGAAUUGGCCCCUAGGGCAGCAGGAACCUGUUGUUUCAGAAGUCGGUGACCUUUGAGGACGUGGCUGUGUACUUCACCCAGACGGAGUGGGAUGGCCUGUCCCCUGCACAGAGGGCUCUGUACAGGGAUGUGAUGCUGGAGAAUUAUGGGAAUGUGGCCUCCCUGGGAUUUCCCCUUCUCAAACCUACUGUGAUCUCACAGCUGGAGGGAGGAGGUGAGCUGGAGGGCCCAUCUCCACUGGCCUCUGGAACAGGCACAGGCCCCCAGGGCCUCUGGACUGUAAAUAUUGAUAUCCAGACUGACAAUAAUUUGACAGAGGAAAUGUAUGAAGAAAAACAUAAUACAUCAUUUGAACUUCAAAGGAGCUCUUCCCAGGAAACAGACUUUUCAGAAACUUAUAUUCUAGAGAAACAGCAGGAAGUCCACUCAGUAGGAAGUAUGGAGAAAGAAAACAGGAGUGUCAUUGAUGGGACAGUGAAAGACAAUAUAAGCCCCAUGGAGGAGUGUUUCUUUAGGCAAAGUCCAAACUUGAAUCAGUGUCAUACCAUCUCCACUGGAGAGCAGUCCCCUGAGUGUACAGGAUUGGAGAAAGCCUUCAGCUUUGACACAAAACUUAUUCAACAUGAAAUAAUUAAUUCUGGGGAAAGACCUUUCAAAUGUGAAGAAUUAGUGGAAAGCUUUAGGUGUAACUCUCAACUUAAUCAGGAUCAAGAUAGCUACACUGGGGAGAAGCCCCAUCAGCAUAAGGAGUGUGGCAAAGCCUUUAGCGUUAAUGCAAAAUUAAUUUGGCAUCAAAGACUUCACAGUGGGGAGAAGCCCUUCAAAUGUGUAGAGUGUGGAAAAAGCUUCAGUUACAGUUCCCAUUAUAUCACACAUCAGACUAUCCACAGUGGGGAGAAGCCCUAUCAGUGUAAGGUGUGUGGAAAAGCCUUCAGCGUUAAUGGGAGUCUGAGUAGGCAUCAGAGAAUCCAUACAGGAGAGAGGCCCUAUCAGUGCAAGGAGUGUGGGAAUGGCUUUAGCUGCAGUUCUGCAUAUAUCACACAUCAGAGAGUCCACACUGGAGAGAAACCUUACGAGUGUAAUGACUGUGGGAAAGCUUUCAAUGUUAAUGCAAAAUUAAUUCAACAUCAGAGGAUCCACACUGGAGAGAAACCUUAUGAAUGUAAUGAGUGUGGGAAAGGCUUCAGGUGCAGCUCCCAGCUUAGGCAGCAUCAGAGCAUCCACACUGGAGAGAGACCCUAUCAGUGUAAGGAGUGUGGAAAAGCCUUUAGUAAUAAUGCAAAACUCAUUCAGCAUCAAAGAAUUCACACAGGGGAGAAACCCUAUGAGUGUACUGAAUGUGGAAAAGCCUUUGGCGUCAAAGGGAAGUUAAUCCAGCACCAGAGAAUCCACACGGGUGAGAAACCCUAUGAGUGUAAAGAGUGUGGGAAAGCCUUCAGGUGUAACUCCCAGCUUCGGCAGCAUCUGAGAAUCCACACAGGGGAGAAGCCCUAUGAGUGUAAUGAGUGUGGAAAGGCCUUCAACGUUAAUGCAAAACUAAUGCAGCACCAGAGGAUUCACACUGGGGAGAAGCCCUUUGAAUGUAAUGAGUGUGGGAAAUGUUUUACUUCUAAAAGAAACCUACUUGAUCAUCAUCGAAUCCACACUGGAGAAAAACCUUAUCAGUGUAAGGAAUGUGGGAAAGCCUUCAGCAUCAAUGCCAAACUAACUAGGCAUCAGAGAAUACACACUGGGGAGAAACCAUUCAAAUGUAUGGAAUGUGAGAAAGCAUUUAGCUGUAGUUCUGACUAUAUUGUACAUCAGAGAAUCCAUACUGGAGAGAAACCCUUUCAAUGUAAGGAGUGUGGAAAAGCCUUCCAUGUUAAUGCCCAUUUAAUUCGGCAUCAGAGAAGCCACACUGGGGAGAAACCCUUCAGAUGUGUGGAGUGUGGCAAAGGCUUCAGCUAUAGUUCUGACUGUAUUAUACAUCAGACUGUCCAUACUUGGAAGAAACCCUAUGUGUGUAAUGUGUGUGGGAAAGCCUUCAGGUUUAGCUUCCAACUUAGUCAGCAUCAGAGUGUCCAUAGUGAAGGAAAAUCCUAAUAAGGAUGUAGAAAACUGUGAAGGUUAAUGCUGAACUAGAUCAAGUAUCCUCAGAUUCACGCUGGUGGAAAACCCUGAGAGAGAAAUGGAUAUGGCAGAGUCUUCACAAGGAAACAAAUCUUUUCCAUUUUAUUCAAUUUUAGAUCAAGAAUGACAACCAGUUUUAAAAUAACAUCCAAAAAUAAGUAGUUUGUUUUAUACCAACAACCAAUAGAAAAUAUAAUGAAAGAAAAUAUCCCAUUCCCAACAGCAUCAAGAAAAGUUGAUUUUCUAGAUAUAAACUUACUAGGACCUAUGUGGAGAAAUUAUAAAUCUCUGCUGAGGGGUACAAAAGGAAAGUUAAAUAAAUGGGGGAAGAGAGAGUGAUACCUUGUUCUUAGAUAGAAAAACUCAUAAAGAUACUACCUACCUAAAUUAAUUUAUUGCCCUUUUACUUUUGACAACAAGCAUGCAUCACUUUUGUAAAGAGGAAAAACAAUAAAGAGUUCCUUAAGGAAAAAA